AUGUUAGAAGAUUGGAACAUAACAAUCUUCCAAGGGAUCAAAGAUAAACUGCAAAAUGCGGCCAUGAAGUUGGUGGAGGCUGAACGUAACGGUGAGGCGUUCGAUCCACAACUUGUGAUUGGAGUUCGACAAUCUUAUGGUAAGGAAUAUAGACUGCGGUGUUGUUCUUUCGAUUCAGUUUGCAAAAAAACUGCGUUGAUUCGUUUGAAUUACUGUGCAAAUACGUAUUUUUGCAUGUGUUAUUAA